CUAGCGCGCCAUUAGAGCACCAAAACCAUGCUCUUCUUCUCCAUUCUCAAGCGAUCUCUCACUAGAAGCCCUAAUCCCAGGAUCUCCAUCUUCUUCUCCGUUCUUCAAUCACCUUUCCACUCAGCAAGGCCUCGGAUUAGGUGUCUUAAUGGGAGUAUUGGAUUUGUUGGGAGCUCGGAAAGGUUGGAUUUUUCUUGUUUUCCGAGAAGGUUCAGAUGGUUUUCUUCUUCAGUAGCGGCGACGUCUGAUGGGCUAACGGUGGAUGGAAUUGUGGCUAAGGGAUGGACGAUACUUGACGAGGAUGAUGGGGAUUGGAAGAGCCACGCCGCCGCCAUUGCUCAGUCUAUCCAGCUCAUCAAGAAGCGAUUGCAGUGGAUAAAGAUGGUUGUGAGGCUGGAGCAGUUAUCUGCAACAAUUAACAAGGCAGACCUUUGGGAUGAUCCAGUUUAUGCGGGGAGGGUUAGUCGUGAGCAUGGAGGAUUAAUGAGCAAGAUGAAAGAGGUAAAGGGUUUUGAACAAGACUUGCUUGAGCACAUUGAUAUGCUGAAGCUUGCUCGAGAAGAGAACGAUCAACAUUUGGAAUUGGAAUCUAUGCAAGCAUUAAUUAAUAUGAGGAGAACAGCUAAAGAGAAAGAGCUUGAAGCACUGUUGGCUGGUGAAAAUGAUUCCUGCUCUUGUUUUAUAGAGGUUCAAGCAGGAGCUGGAGGAACUGAGAGCAUGGACUGGGCUGCAAUGCUUGUGAACAUGUACACAAUGUGGGCUCAACGCCAUGGUUACGGGGUCACAAUUGUGGAUGAAAUGCCUGGUGAGGUUGCGGGAAUAAAGCGUGCUACAAUCAAAGUAGAUGGAGAGUAUUCAUUUGGAUAUGCCAAAGCAGAGGUUGGGGUGCACAGAUUGGUUCGAAUUUCCCCAUUUGAUAGUGCAAAGAAGCGGCAUACAUCUUUUGCAGCCGUAGCGGUAAUACCGAUCCUGGGUGAUGUCUCUACUCGAUAUCAGAUUAAAGAAUCGGACCUUCGUAUUGAACGUUUUCGUGCUGGGGGUGCUGGCGGCCAGCAUGUAAACACAACGGAGAGUGCAGUCAGAAUCACCCACAUACCGACCGGAAUUUCUGCAACUUGUCAAAAUGAAAGAUCACAACAUUCAAACAAAGCAUCAGCUAUGUCUGUACUUCAGUCGAGGUUGGACCAGCUUGAGAUGGCAAGGCAAGCUCAGCUGAAUGCAGAGCACACACAGUCCCUCACCGAAAUCAGUUGGGGCAACCACAUACGGAGCUACGUACUCCAUCCUUACCGAAUGGUUAAAGAUCUUCGGACGACUAUGAAGUCUCAGAGCCCGGAUUCUGUGCUGGAGGGUGAGCUUGAUGGCUUCAUUUUAAAUUUCCUAUCUUCAUCACUGGAUAAAGAUGAUGACAGUUUAUGAAGCCAUUAAUGUUAAGGUAGACAAUUGAAGGAAUUAACCCAGAGUUUUUGUGUUGCCUGUCAGAGAGGCAACUCUGUUUGGGUAGUUGCUCUAAUAUUUACUACACAGAGGUCUACAAACCAAGUUCCAUUAUUAUUAUUAUUAUUAUUACUGCAAAAAUUUUUUUUUGCAAUUCUUUGGUGAUAAUGUAUUGUUUUUAUUUUUUUUUUCUUGCUAAUUUAAUAAAGAAUAUCAACUUCUGAUAUCGUCUA